ACCCCAAAAUCUUACUUCGUUUCUCUCUCAGCUCACAGUUCAUUGCUACCAAGUAAAUCUACAGAAAGCCUUCAUUUCUAUCUGUAUAUAUCUAUUUACAUUGCACCUUAUGGUUAAUCAAGUUUCAUAUCCUUUGAGAAGACUUCUGAAAUCACUUAUGUACACCUCCCCUUCCUACCACCUAAGGAAGGCCAAGGAGUGAUGGAAUUCUCUUCAGUUAAACAGUCAUUUAUACUCUCUUUGUUUCCAGUUUUCAAUUUUCUCAGAAAGACUACAAGCUUCUGGGGGCCAGGCAUCACAUUUUUUAUUUCUGUAUUCACACAAACUGAGCAUUUUCAGUUGUGUGGACAGUGGGAACAGAUACUUUAAUGCUUUAAAAACAAAUAUUAACAGCAUCACAAAUUAUAGAGUAUAAAACAGUUCUUAUGGAAGAUGGAAUAUAUAUGUACUCACCUAAACACAAUAAAUAAAACAGUAUUUGCUUCUGGUGGAUAUUUAUGUGAAUAGAAUUUAGGUAGCUUUCAUCAAACUCUGAAAAUCUGUGGAGACGCAUGGUGGCGCUGCAGGAUAACGUCGCUGGGGGAAAAAAAAAACCUACGACGAAUGAUGUUCUGGACAUUGUUAACCAGUGCACAGAGAGCACUAGGAAGACAGAAAGAACAAGGCUUCAAGGGGCAAACUAGAAGCUAUUCAACAGGGUUAAAGCCCUUAGGCCUCCCAAGAUUCUGUGGACAUACCAGAACCACGUUUCCCAGAAUUGUGAAGAGGAACUGAAGCGAUUCAGCAGGAAGCCUUUGGGAAAGGAGUUAUGGAGACCGGAGGGGCAGACACUCUGCGGAUAAGGCAAGUCCUGCUUCUCUUUGUUUUGCUGGGAAUGUCUCAGACGGGCUCCGAGUCUGGGCGCUAUUUGGUGACAGAGGAAAUGCAGAGUGGGAGCCUUGUAGGCAAUUUGGCAAAAGACCUGGGACUGGAAGUGAGUGAGCUGUUAUCGAGGGGGGCUCAGGUGGUCUCUAACGAUAACAAACAGCGUUUGCAGCUGGACAUAAAUACAGGGGAUAUGCUCUUAAGCGAAGCGCUGGACCGGGAGGAGCUCUGUGGUUCCACGGAGCCCUGUUUGCUGCAUUUCCAGAUAUUAAUGAAAAACCCCAUGCAGUUUUUACGGAUUGAGCUCCAGGUCAGGGAUAUAAAUGACCAUUCUCCCAUCUUCUUAGAAAAAGAAAUGCUCCUAGAAAUCCCAGAGAAUAGUCCUGUCGGUGCUGUGUUCUUACUAGAAAGUGCGAAGGAUUUAGAUGUAGGAAUCAAUGCUCUAAAAAGCUACACGAUAAGCCCCAACUCUCAUUUCCACAUUAAAAUGAGAGUCAAUCCCGAUAAUAGGAAAUACCCAGAGUUAGUUCUGGACAAGGCGCUCGAUUAUGAAGAGCAGUCUGAACUCAGCUUCAUCCUCACCGCUCUGGAUGGUGGGUCUCCGCCCAGGUCCGGGACUGCCAUGGUUCGGGUGGUGGUAGUGGACAUUAAUGACAACUCCCCAGAGUUUGAGCAGCCAUUUUAUGAGGUGAAGAUUCCAGAGGAUAGCGUACUAGGAAAGCUGGUUGUCACCGUUUCAGCUUGGGAUUUAGACUCGGGAAAAAAUGGGGAAAUAUCAUACGCUUUUUCCCAUGCUUCAGAAGACAUUCGAAAGACGUUUGAAAUUAAUCAAAAGUCUGGAGAAGUUAGUUUAACUGCACCCUUGGAUUUUGAAACAACUGAAUCAUACUCAAUAAUCAUUCAAGCCACAGAUGGGGGAGGCCUUUUUGGAAAAUCAACACUCAAAAUUCAGGUGGUGGAUGUGAAUGACAAUGCUCCUGAAGUGACCGUGUCAUCAAUUACUAGUCCAAUCCCAGAAAAUUCUCCGAAGACUGUGGUUAUGGUUUUUAGUAUUCGAGACAGAGACUCUGGGGACAACGGUAGGAUGAUUUGUUCUUUGUCAGAGGACCUCCCGUUCAUGCUAAAAUCUUCACUUGAGAAUUACUACACGCUGGAAACGGACAGAACGCUGGACAGAGAGAUCACGGACAAGUUCAUCAUCACCAUCACCGUCACAGACAUGGGGACUCCCAGGCUGAAAACCCAGCACAACAUAACAGUGCUGGUGUCCGACGUCAACGACAACGCCCCCGCCUUCACCCAGGCCUCCUACACCCUGCGGGUCCGCGAGAACAACAGCCCCGCCCUGCACAUCGGCACCGUCAGCGCCACAGACACAGACGCCGGCGCCAACGCCCAGGUCACCUACUCGCUGCUGCCGCCCGCCGACCCGCACGUGCCCCUGGCCUCCCUCGUGUCCAUCAACGCCGACAACGGCCACCUGUUCGCCCUGCGGUCCCUGGACUACGAGGCCCUGCGCGCCUUCGAGUUCCGCGUGGGCGCCGCCGACCGCGGCUCGCCGCCGCUGAGCAGCCAGGCGCUGGUGCGCGUGCUCGUGGAGGACGACAACGACAACGCGCCCUUCGUGCUGUACCCGCUGCAGAACACCUCGGCGCCCUGCACCGAGCUGCUGCCCAGGGCGGCCGAGCCGGGCUACCUGGUGACCAAGGUGGUGGCGGUGGACGGCGACGCGGGCCAGAACGCCUGGCUGUCGUACCAGCUGCUCAAGGCCACGGAGCCCGGGCUGUUCGGCGUGUGGGCGCACAACGGCGAGGUGCGCACGGCCAGGCCGCUGAGCGAGCGCGACGCGGCCAGGCACAGGCUGCUGGUGCUGGUCAAGGACAAUGGCGAGCCGCCGCUGUCGGCCAGCGUCACGCUGCACGUGCUGCUGGUGGACGGCUUCUCGCAGCCCCACCUGCCGCCCCCGGAAGCGGAAGCGGAAGCGGAGGCGGCGGCCGCGGCGCCGGCCGACCCGCUCACCGUCUACCUGGUGGUGGCCUUGGCGUCCGUGUCGUCGCUCUUCCUCUUCUCGGUGCUGGUGUUCGUGGCGGUGCGGCUGUGCGGGCGGGGCGGGGCUGCGCGGGCGGGUCGCUGCUCGGUGCCCGAGGGCCCCUUCCCGGGCCACCUGGUGGACGUCAGCGGCACCGGCACCCUGUCCCACAGCUACCAGUAUGAGGUGCGUCUGACCGGAGACUCUGGGAGUAAUGAGUUCAAAUUCUUAAAGCCAGUUUUCCCCAACCUUCCGCCCCAAUGCCCUGGGAAAGAAAUAGAGGAAAAUCCCACCUUCUACAAUAGCUUGGGGUUCAAUAUUCAGUGACUAUAACUUUUAUAUUCCAUGUGUAUUUUGUUUUUGCCAUUUCCAUACCAACGUUAUUUUCCCCAAUUUGUGUGUAUUUGAAGUUAUACUGAUGUUAUUUUUGUUUUCACACGUUCUACCCGCCUUUACUUUUAAGUGAAUGUAUUUGUGGUUGCAAUGGAAUAGUAACUUAUUCUCUAACCUAGAAGAUCUUCAUCUGUAAUUAAGUUGCCUUCUUAAAUAACAACACUAAAUCCCUUUUUGUUCAUGGCCCUCUCUCCAGUUGAACUUACACUCACAAUUAUGCUUAUGAUAAAAUAAAGCAGACCACUUUAAAAGUACUUCAA